UCACGCCGAGGCGCUGCUGUGAAUUUAAUUUGACGUUUUUUCUGGUUUCAACGCGCUGUCCUCAUUGGACUCCUCUUCAGUGAGAAGCCAAAGCCUCUGUGAUUAUGUAGCCAUAGUAACAGGUGGCUGUCUGCAUCCCCAUCACACACACACACACACACACACACACACACACACACUUCUCCUCAGUUGGUCUGUAACUAUGCGAGCAGAGAGGACGCGUUCAUGUUCAUGAGGCUUUCUGCCCUUCAGCAGGUCGCAGCUGCCCGGCUGGAAGAAGAUGAACCAGGCUGCGCGUCCGUGUGGGCUGCUGGAACUAUCAAGGAGAACCAACAAUGCAUCUGACAUAACUUCCUGUUGUGUUUUCCUGCUGUUGUCACGAUGAACGUGCACUCGCCUCCUCGGAGGAGACUCCGGCGCGCACGCGUCCUCUUCUUCGUCUCAGGUGUGCUGCUGUGCUUCGUCUACACGCUGACUCUGAAGGCCAGGCUGGCAGAGCCCAGAGCCUCCGCCCAGACGGAUGACGCUCUGGGAGCUGAGGGGGGUCGUGAUGCUGGUGGUGGUGGUGGUGGUGGUGAUGUUGUGGAGGUCAACAUUCGGGAGGUGAUGGCGUCCAAUCAGACAGAGAAGGAGGAGGAGGAGGUUGUGGAGGAGGAGGUGGUGUCACCUGAGAGCACCAAACCUCCUCUGGUGGUGAUCGUCAACAGGACGGAUAUCGAACAGUGUAUCUACGUAGAUCCUAAACCUCCUCCAACUCCACCACCAACUCCACCACCAACCACCACGGCUACCCCUCGCCACCCACUCCAGCCCCCUCACAGAAAGGGUGACUACCCAGAGGACCUCUUCUCGGUGGAGCAGCGGCGUGAAGGCUGGGUGGCCCUGCACGUCAUAGGCAUGGUCUACAUGUUUGUCGCCUUGGCCAUCGUCUGCGACGAGUUCUUCGUUCCUGGACUGGAGGUCAUCGCCAGCACGCUGCAGAUCUCCGACGACGUGGCCGGGGCCACCUUCAUGGCGGCCGGAGGCUCUGCCCCGGAGCUCUUCACCUCCCUGAUCGGCGUCUUCAUCUCCCACAGCAACGUGGGCAUCGGCACCAUCGUGGGCUCGGCCGUCUUCAACAUCCUGUUCGUGAUCGGCAUGUGCGCCAUCUUCUCCCGGGAGAUGCUGCACCUGACCUGGUGGCCGCUCUUCAGAGACGUGACCUUCUACAUCCUGGACCUCAUCAUGCUCAUCGUCUUCUUCCUGGACAACACCAUCCUGUGGUGGGAGAGCAUCAUGCUGGUGAUGGGAUACAUCAGCUACGUGAGCUUCAUGAAGUUCAACAGUCAGAUCGAGCAGGCGGUCAAGACCCAGCUCAACAAGCACAUGAGCAUCGUCAAGGUGUGGACCGGAGAGGAGCCGGAGAAGGACAGUGAAGCUCCAGCUGCACCACCUCCUCCUCCUCCUCCAUCUGCUGCUCCACCAAAAGCUGAAGAUAAAUCCAAACCAGAAGCUGAAGCCCGUCCCAGCAGCUCUCAAUGCAACAAGCCUCCAUCAGAUCAACCAGAGGACAGUGCGAGACUCCGGGUGCGCCCCGUCCUGCAGAGAGGCGGCAGCUCGGCCUCCCUCCACAACACCUCGCUGAGGAGCACCAUCUUCCAGCUGAUGAUCCACACGCUGGACCCACUGGGAGAAGACGCGGCCCUCAGAGGGGGCGUUAAAACUCCCGGCCUGAGGAAAACCAGACGAGAGACGUCCUUUAACGGUGAUGUCAGAGGGGAGGGGUCAGUCCAGAGGAAAGCAAAGAACAAAGUUAAACCUCUGAACGCCGCCGACGCGGGAAAGUCACACGGCAAGUCACGUCAGCGCCGCUCUGAAGGUCAGAAGCCAAACACUGAGCAGGCCGGUGCAGCAGCUGAGCCGUCGACCUCACAGCCUCAAAAGACAGAAGAGCCGAGUGAGAAGACGAGCGACCAGCCGGACGAGUCCAAGGCAGCAGCAGCAGCAGCAGCAGCAGCAGCAGCGGGGGGGUCAGGGGGGUCAGAGGGCAGCGGUGAGGACGACAGCGGUGAUGAGGACAGCGGUGACUCUGGUGAGAGUGCAGAUGAUGACGACGAUGAUGGAAAAAAGGAGGAAGAAGAGGAGGAGGAGAAUGAACCGUUGUCUUUAGAGUGGCCUGAAACGAGACGCAAACAGGCCACGUAUCUGCUGCUGCUGCCCAUUGUGUUCCCGCUGUGGCUCACGCUGCCCGACGUCCGCAACGAGGCGUCCAGGAGGUAUUUUAUCAUGACGUUUCUCGGCUCCAUCAUGUGGAUCGGCGUCUUCUCCUACCUGAUGGUGUGGUGGGCUCAUCAGGUGGGUGAGACUGUUGGCAUCUCAGAGGAAAUCAUGGGGCUAACCAUCCUGGCAGCCGGGACGUCGAUCCCUGACCUGAUCACCAGUGUGAUCGUGGCCCGGAAAGGUCUGGGCGACAUGGCCGUAUCCAGCUCAGUGGGCAGUAACAUCUUCGACAUCACCGUAGGUCUGCCGGUCCCGUGGCUCAUUUACACUCUUAUACACCACGGCGAGCCGGUAACCGUCAGCUCCAACGGUCUGUUCUGCGCCAUCGUGCUGCUCUUCCUCAUGCUCCUCUUCGUCAUCAUCUCCAUCGCCGUCUGCCGCUGGAAGAUGAGUCGGAAGUUGGGCUUCACCAUGUUCGUACUGUACUUUGUGUUCCUCGUCCUCAGCGUCCUGCUGGAGGAUCGGAUCCUCACCUGUCCCGUUUCCAUCUGAAGCGAGGGGCCGAGGCGGAGACGCCGCACACGACUUAGUACGUCCAGACAGGAUCGAUACUGUACGUAGGAUGUGUUACAUAGAAGAACCAGAGCUGUGUCUCAAUUUGCGUAUUUCCAUACUUACAUGUACACGGAUGGUGCACCUCUAACAAUAUACAAAUGUAAGUUAUACAUGUGCUUUAAGACAACACUACCAUGCUGAAAUCAGCGUACUACACCACAAGGUAUGCGGUGUACUACAUAGAAAUGUACUAAAGGAAGUAUCUGAAUUGAGACACAGCUCUUGUCUGUCAAAGGCUGACCUGACGCACAGUAGAAAACACAAAACAAAAGUGAGCAGUGGCGUUAAAGGAAAGCUCCACCCAUCUACAUUGUGAUGACACAGAGUUUAGGGUAUUUGAAUUUUAUGCCGCAGGCCGUUUCUGAUGCAACCAUUUAUCUGGGUUUGCCACAUCGUGGCUGCGACUUCAAACUCCACCGGGAGCGUUUCAGACGCGUUUCUCC